UUCCGGGGUGAGCUGCUGAGUCAGAGGUGGACACAAGGAGACAAAGCCAGCAACUGCAAGACCUCGAGGCUCCUCCUGGGCAGACGCAGCAAGAUGAGCUUAGAACAUGAGGAUAAGCGGGCUCGUACGCGAUCCAAGGCCCUCCGAGUGCCCCCAGAGCCCACAGGUGCCGACCUCAGCUGCCCCACCCCAGGGUGCACCGGCUCAGGACACAUCCGGGGCAAGUACUCCAGGCACCGCAGUUUGCAGAGCUGCCCUCUGGCCAAGAAGAGGAAGCUGGAGGGUGCCCAGCCAGAGCACCUGGUGUCCAAGCGGAAGUCCCACCCCCUGAAGCUGGCUCUGGACGAGGGCUACAGUGUGGACACCGACGGCAGUGAGGAUGCUGAGGUGAAGGACGCCUCUGUUUCGGAUGAAUCGGAAGGAACUCUGGAGGAGGACGAGGCUGAAAUGUCAGGACAGGAGGAGAUUCAUCGUCCUGAACCAGCUGAAGGAAGGAGCCCUGUCAAGCCCCACUUCGGAUCCAACCCCAUCAGCAGCCCCACGGGCCCCACCAAGGGCAGCUACAGCAGUUAUCAGGAGAUCAUCGCCACUUCUCUCCUAAAUUUGGGCCAGAUUGCUGUAGAGACGCUAGUUGGGGAGGAUUUGGGUCAGGUGGCCAAGCCGGGCCCCGGUGUUGUGCACCUGGUGCAGGAGGAGGCCGAAGAAGGGGCCACCAGUGAUGAGGGGGAGAAGGACGUGUUCAUCCGGCCAGAGGAUACAGAGGAAGUCAUGGAAGUCACCAGGGAACGCUCCCAGGAGCUGGGUCCCCAGUCUGGGGAGGGCAUGGUCAGCGAGGAGUCAAGCAAGAUGAAAGUCAACCUGGGUAAUGAGGAGGAGGAGGAGGAGGAAGAGGAGGAGGAGGAAGAGGAGGAGGAAGAAGAGGAGGAGGAGGAAGAGGAGGAGGAGGAAGAGGAGGAAGAAGAAGAGGAGGAGGAGGAAGAGGAGGAGGAGGAGGAAGAGGAGGAGGAGGAAGAGGAGGAGGAGGAAGAGGAGGAAGAAGUAGCCGCUCCCGAUGUGAUCUGUCAGGAGGAUGCCCCCCAUGCCCCCACCCAGAAGGCCCCGGAACCCCGGCACCCAGCAUCUCCCAGCCCCAAGCCUGAGUACUCUGUCAUCGUGGAGGUGCGCUCUGAUGAUGGCAAGGACGAAGACUCGCGCUCCCAGAAGUCUGCAGUCACUGAUGAGUCAGAGAUGUAUGACAUGAUGACACGUGGGAACCUGGGCCUCCUGGAGCAGGCCAUUGCCCUGAAGGCUGAGCAGGUGCAAGCCGUCUGCGAGCCAGGCUGCCCACCCACCGAGCAGGGCCAGCCGGGCCCUGGUGAACCGGGCAAGGUGGUGAGGCCUCUGGAUGCCGCACGGAAGAACUACUGCAGCAAAGAUCCCUCCAGAGCUGAGAAGCGCGAGAUCAAGUGUCCAACACCAGGCUGUGAUGGCACUGGCCAUGUGACAGGGUUGUACCCUCACCACCGCAGCCUAUCUGGUUGCCCCCACAAGGACAGGAUUCCCCCGGAGAUCUUGGCUAUGCACGAGAAUGUGCUCAAGUGCCCCACUCCUGGUUGUACAGGUCAAGGCCACGUGAACAGUAACCGCAACACGCACAGGAGUUUGUCCGGAUGCCCCAUUGCUGCUGCUGAAAAAUUAGCCAAAUCUCAUGAGAAGCAACAGCCGCAAGGGGGAGAUCCUUCCAAGAAUAGCUCCAAUUCAGAUCGGAUCCUCAGGCCCAUGUGCUUCGUGAAGCAGCUUGAAGUCCCUCCGUAUGGAAGCUACCGGCCCAGUGUGGCCCCUGCUACACCCAGGGCCAACCUGGCCAAGGAGCUGGAGAAGUUCUCCAAGGUCACCUUUGACUACGCAAGUUUUGACGCUCAGGUUUUUGGCAAACGCAUGCUUGCCCCAAAGAUUCAGACCAGCGAAACCUCACCUAAAGCCUUUAAAUGCUUCGACUACACGCAUGAUGCUGAGGCUGCACACAUGGCCGCCACAGCCAUCCUGAACCUCUCCACGCGCUGCUGGGAAAUGCCUGAGAAUCUCAGCACGAAGCCACAGGACUUGCCCGGCAAGGCUGCGGACAUCGAGGUGGAUGAAAACGGAACCCUGGACCUGAGCAUGCGCAAACACCGCAAGCGGGACAGCGCCUUCCCCAGCAGCGGCAGCAGCGGCAGCAGCCCUGGCGUGAAGUCCCCUGAUGCUUCCCAGCGCCACAGCAGCACCAGUGCCCCAAGCGGCUCCAUGACCUCGCCCCCGUCCAGCCAGGCUUCCCGCCAGGACGAGUGGGAUCGACCUCUGGACUAUACCAAGCCCAGCCGCCAGCGAGAGGAGGAGCCUGAGGAGUCAGAGCCAGCAGCCCAUUCUUUUGCUUCUUCUGAAGCAGAUGACCAGGAAGUGUCGGAAGAGAGUUUUGAGGAGCGCAAGUACCCUGGGGAAGUCACCCUGGCCAACUUUAAGAUGAAGUUUCUCUCCAAGGACAUAAAGAAGGAGCUGCUCACCUGCCCCACCCCUGGCUGUGACGGCAGCGGCCACAUCACCGGGAACUAUGCCUCUCACCGCAGCCUCUCUGGUUGCCCUCUUGCUGACAAGAGCCUCAGAAACCUCAUGGCUGCCCAUUCUGCUGACCUCAAGUGCCCCACACCCGGCUGUGACGGCUCCGGCCACAUAACGGGGAACUACGCAUCACACCGGAGCUUGUCAGGCUGCCCUCGUGCCAAGAAAAGCGGAGCCAGGGUGACGCCCACAAAGGAUGACAAGGAAGAUCCUGAGCUGAUGAAGUGCCCUGUGCCAGGCUGUGUGGGGCUCGGUCACAUCAGCGGCAAAUAUGCUUCACACAGAAGUGCAUCUGGCUGCCCGCUGGCCGCUCGGAGGCAGAAAGAGGGUUCUCUUAAUGGCUCACCGUUCUCCUGGAAGUCACUGAAGAACGAAGGGCCCACCUGCCCCACUCCAGGCUGUGAUGGCUCCGGUCAUGCCAACGGUAGCUUCCUCACCCACCGGAGCUUAUCUGGCUGUCCCAGAGCAACCUUUGCUGGAAAGAAGGGAAAAGUCUCAGGGGAUGAGGUUCUCAGCACGAAGUUCAAGACGAGUGAUGUUCUGGAGAACGAUGAAGAGAUCAAGCAGCUGAACCAGGAGAUUCGCGACCUGAACGAGUCCAACUCAGAGAUGGAGGCUGCCAUGGUACAGCUGCAGUCCCAGAUCUCCUCCAUGGAGAAGAGCCUGAAGAAUAUCGAAGAGGAGAACAAGCUCAUUGAGGAGCAGAAUGAAGCCCUGUUUCUGGAGCUGUCGGGCCUGAGCCAGGCCCUCAUCCAAAGUCUCGCCAACAUCCGCCUUCCGCACAUGGAGCCAAUAUGUGAGCAGAAUUUCGAUGCCUACGUGAGCACCCUCACUGACAUGUACUCCAACCAGGAGUGCUACCAGAACCCCGAGAACAAGGACCUCCUGGAGAGCAUCAAACGGGCCGUGAGGGGCAUCCAGGUCUAG